AAGCGGGAAAAUUCAACAACAUCACAAAAUGGUUUGGAAAAUACAGAGGUAUGCCAGGCAGAAAACAGUUCAUAAAGAAGGUGACAACAUAGAGUGGGAUGAUUAUGACGACAAGCAAUCUCCAAUAGAUCUGAGAAUCCAACGAGGGAACCUUACUCUGACCCAAGGGAAGACUGUCAGGGAGUCUUACAACUUACCAUCUUCCUCACAGACACUCCGUGCAGUUUCUAAAGGCGACACCUUGUUGGUUGUCUGUCGACUAAAGACUAGCACACAUCGAUUUCGUGUGAAGUUUACCGAGGGAAAAAACUCGUGUGAAGAAUGUGCACAACAGCUGUCGACCUUCUUUCCCGUGAAAACUUUAUUAAUCGGUACAGACACCUCACAGCCGGGUGUAUUAGAAAACCAAUGUGAAAGACAAUUAUUACAGGGGGAAAUUACUCUUUCCAAUAUGGCGGAGGCCGUCAGCGGAAGCGAGUUCGUCAGACUUCCGGCAGCUUAUGACAGGGUGGGAUCAAUGGACGGAGUACAAUUGAACACGCUCAUCAAGUUCUGCCUGUCUGAUCCCAAGUUUCCGGCCUUCGUGGAAGAUGUCGAGAAGGAAUUAAUUAAAAUCAAAGAAGAGAUGAAGAUAUAAGACAAUCGUGAUGAUUAAAGAUAUUUCAGAUUUCCCCGGAUUUCUGACGUGCCGAUGGCGGGGUCUCAGGAGAAUGAGAUUGGCGUCGUUCUGUUCAAUGUCAUCUCUAUAUCGACUGGUGGUGUUGUCCCACUUACUGUUUAAAUUGUGUUUCCCUUGCAAUAACAAUAAAUUAGCUUGAAAUAAC